UUCCGGCUGCGCAAGCGUCAGAGCUAGCCGGAGUCCAGCUGCUCCGCUGUGCGUGGCGGGUUUAAGGGAGCGAGCGAGCAAAGGAGGGUCGCCAUCGCAGGGUCUUUCUGGGUCGGCCAUGGCGUCCCCGUCGCGGAGGCUGCAGACCAAGCCGGUCAUCACUUGCCUCAAGAGCGUCUUGCUCAUCUACAGCUUCGUGUUCUGGUUCUCUGGCAUCAUCCUUCUGGCAGUCGGCAUCUGGGGGAAGGUAGGCCUGGAGGUGUAUUUCUCCCUGCUAAAUGAGAAGGCUACUAACGUCCCCUAUGUCCUCAUUGGCACCGGCACAGUUGUCGUCCUCCUAGGCACCUUUGGUUGUUUUGCAACAUGUCGGGGAAGCACAUGGAUGCUGAAAUUGUAUGCCAUGUUCUUAACUCUCAUCUUCCUUGUUGUGCUUGUGGCUGCGAUUGUGGGCUUUGUCUUCCGACAUGAGAUUAAAGACAGCUUUAAGAAUAACUUUGAAGCUGCUGUGAAGUCCUACGAUGGGACCAAAGAUGAACGCAGCAAGGCGGUUGAUACCAUUCAGAGCACAUUGCACUGCUGUGGUGUCUCGGACUUCACCGACUGGAAUCAAACUGCCUAUUUCAAACAGAAAGGGAUUCCUAUGAGCUGCUGCAAGUCUCUGGGGAAUUGCACGGUAGACGAUUUGAAGAAUCCAGCAAUAGCGAAGGGGAAGGUGUAUGAGCAUGGUUGUUACAGUCUGGUGAUACAGACAAUGGACUCCAAAAUGAGCAUUGUAGCAGGGAUCUCCUUUGGCGUUGCUUGCUUCCAGCUGGGGGGGAUUGUCCUUGCCUGUUGCUUGUCCCGGUCCAUCACAAAUAACCAGUACGAGAUGGUGUAACCAGCAAUCCUGCAGGCUUGCAACUCACUACAAGGAUUUCGGGACACUUUAUAGUAAAUUAUACAUAGUUUUGGGAACUCACUCCCUGGCAGGCUCUAGCUGCUGAAAUCCUGUUUGAUCAGACUGCUCUCAACCUGUUCACUGGAGAGGACCAGAUGUGACGGCAGCUGUACUCUGCUUUAUGAUGAUGUUGUGCUGUUCUGAAGGAGUGCUGAAAGGGACAAUUUGUGUAGGGUAGAUGUUGAUCUUUAUUUUAUUUUAUUUUUGGUGUGUGUGUGCGUGCAUGCACUGCGAGGCUCUGCAAGAGGAUAUCUUUAGCCUUCGCAGUCCCUGCCCUACUGGGUUCGUUAUGAUUUCCAUCGUCAGUAUUACACGACACUUUGGACACAUGUUGUUGUUUUUGUAUUAAAUAGGGAAUCCUUCUUGUCUUGAAAACAGAAUAAAAAAAUUGUAUACUUCCAUUCUGGA